AUGAGUAGUUUAGAAUCAUCUCCUAAAAAUGGUCUCAAUAUAGUUGAUAUUCUGGAGAAGUACAAAUAGAAGAAGGCGAUUAUGAGUCCUCUUCCUCUUGAAUAGUUUCAAUAGAUUGUUUAAGAUGCUGGAUAAGAAUUACUUCAAUAGCAUCCUGAGUGCGAGAAUACUCAUUUCAUUCCAUUCAAACAACUUAACUAGGAUGCUAUAGAUGAGUUAGAGAGAUCUCUUCAUCAAUCUAAGAUUAUGUGGAAUAAUUUUAGUAGAGCUUUAUUUGCAGCAAGUCCUAUACAAAAAAAAAACAAUUCAAAGAAGAUGGAAUUGUAGCAUAAUAGAGAUGCCUAUUAUAGGAUAAGGAAAUAAAAUGAAAUUCAAUUGAAGUUGCAAUUAGAUGGAAUAAAUAAGGAAUAUCAAAAAAUACAUCUUGAAACUUAAGGUGUAAAAUCAUAUCCAUCUAUCUCAACCAAGGAUCAAUUUCGUUAAUAACAGAUUAAGAGAUAAUUAUAGAUGGGAUGUUGUCAGGAACUGGUACGUUAAGAAACGGAAUUUAUUUAAUAAUAAAUUGAACUUACAAAAUCUCGAUUAUUUAAUGAAGUCAAGAAAAUUGUCGUUUAUAUUUACAAUAAUUAAAACAAUGGUUGGAACCCAUCAUCUAGGGAAAGUGGUGCCAUGGUAAACUAUAAUGAAAAGCUUUAUCUUUUUGGUGGAUCUGGAGCUGGACACAUGAGUGACCUAUGUUAAGCAAGUUUAGACAAAUGUAUAAUUAUAGUUAUUUUAGAAUUAUAUAAAUGGAUGAUGAUAAAAUUAAAGCAAUAAAUAUAAUGCAGAUCUUAUCAUACAGCCAAUGUAUAUAAAAGUUAAAUGAUCAUUUUCGGUGGUGUUUUAUUUCCACACAAAAACGAAGAUAGAAUUCAUUGCGAAGUCACAAAUGAAGUCAUUCAUAUUAAUUUGGUAAAUUUUGAGAUGAAAGUUGUACAACAUGCUGGCAUAGCUUCUCCAAGAAAGGCACAUAUUGCAGAAAGUAUAGGGAGAUAUCUUGUAGUUUAAGGGGGCAUAGACUCGAAAGGUCAUUAUUUGAAUGACUUCCUUGCCUAUGACAUUUUAACAUAGAGAUGGUAAAACGUAGAAAUUAAUAUUCCUGUAUUUUAAGAUGGUGUUGCAUUCCACAAAUCCUGUUGCGCUUUAGAACAUAAAUCCAUUGAUCUUUAUAAGCAUGAUCCUGAUAUUACUUUUGAAAAUUAAGGCAUUUAUAUCUUUGGAGGACUGGACUCUAAUGGAUAUUACUUGGACAAACUGAUAAGGAUAGAUGUGAGAAGAAGACCAAUAUUCAUUGAGGAAGUGCAACCAAAAGGCAGGGGUCCAAUUAGUAGAUGCCAACAUUCGAUGACAUAUGUAGAAUUAUCGUAAUAAAUUGUUAUCUAUGGUGGCAAAAAUGAUGACAUAAACACUCAAGGAUUUUUGAAUGAUUUACAUGUCUUGGAGAUUCGGAAUUUAUCUUGGAGCAAUGUCGAUAUCAGAGGACACCCUUCACCAGGAAGAUGCAGUCAUUCAGCUUCUGUCAUCGAAGAGAAGCUAUUUAUCUUUGGAGGUGUUAACUAGACAGGAUUUGUUAAGUGUGAUCUCUUAAUUAUUGAGCUCAAUCAAUCAAAGGCAUUGGAAAUGAGUUAAUAUGAAUCGCAAACAGAAAGAUUGCCCUAAUAAUAAGUUCAGAUAUAAUUGAAACCUGCCACUCCACCGAAAAGGAUUCUCAAUCUCAAAUAAUAAAUUGAAUAAAUCAAAAAUGAUAGUGAAAAAGUGAAGUUAGCUGAUAAAUUCAAACGAUAAAGUAUGGCCAGACAUAGUCGCAACUUGACAGAUGUUCACAGAUAUAGGACCUUUGCCACUGUUACUGAUUGA